AUGAAGACAAUCCUACUUGGGGCGCUGCGGGGACAACCCAGGGAGUUGAUGACGGACGUGUUCCUGUCGUCGCCACCGUCCGUUUCUGAUAUGAAUGCGGUUUCCAUCGCUUGGGGACAGCUGCUGCUUCUCGAUUUGUCCUACACCGUCGACAACAGCUCGGAACCCUUCGAAAUCGCUUGCGAUGACGGAGGGGGCUCCGUUGACGUUUGGUGUCCUCUGGGGGAGGCAUCUGAUCCAAUCCCUUUUUUCAGAUCCCAAGCUACGGUGACUGAUUCUGUCCGAAACCCGAUCAACUACGCCUCCUCGUUUAUCGACCUGGACUUCGUGUAUGGAAGGAGCAAGGACGCUGCCGAUGCCCUUCGUACCUUUGAUGGCGGAAUGCUGAGUAUGGCAGAUGACAACAUGCCCAUCAAGAACAGCGACGGGACUUGGUUGAUCGCGGAUCAACGGACAGCCAGAUUUCCGCUGACGUUCGCCCUUCACGUCGUUCUCCUCCUCGAGCACAACCGCUGCUGCGUUGACGUCGCGCCAGCUCUGAACUACACGAGUGAUGAGGAUAUGUAUCAAGCUUGCCGAGGCUGGACGAUCGCCACAUUUCAGCACAUAACUGAAGAUGAGUUCUUGAUUCUACUAAUGGGAAGAAGCAUCGGCGACUGGACCGUGUACCAAGAUGACGAUGGCGGCAGCAGACGCAGGCUAUCCCCAGAACAGCGGAGGGAGCUGUUGUUUACUUUCGACUACUACGACGACCUCUUGAACCCGUCCGCCGACGUCUUCGUGACGGUGGCCAUGACCGCCGCGUUCGAGUCGGCGCUGCCUUCUACCCUCCGCAUUGUGAGCGAGGGGUAUGUUGCCACUGACUACGAUCACCUUGAGCUCACCGUUGCGGCAGAAGAUAUCACGGGCCUGUUCGAGCACAGCGCGAUCGGGGACAUCCUGCGUGGAGCGGUUUUGUCUCCCGCGAUGGCGGUAUGGCCACACUUCGCUUCGGCGGUGUCGAACGCCUCGCCGUUGUUCAAACUCCCAGUUGACAUGGUGCAGCGGGCUCGUGAUCAUGGGGUGCCAUCGUACAACGACGUCCGGGAGGCAUAUGAACUUUCCAAAGCCACGGCCUUUUCGGAUGUCUCGGCGGACGACGACGUGGUGCAACUCCUAUAUGCUGCGUACGGUGGAGAAAUCGAAAACCUCGACGCGUGCGUCGGGGCCUUGGCGGAGGAGAAGGAGGCGAGCCUAGGUGGCAAUUUCGGUGACCUGCUGCACACAGCAUGGGUGAACCAGUUGUACAGAACAUUCUUCGGGGACCGGUACCACCACCUUCACUCGAGGCCGAUCGAGAACGUGUCACUCGCGUCUAUCUCAGGACUAAUCAAUCAAACGCUCGGCGUGACUGACCUGCCGGCAUCGGGUUUCACGGUGCCGGAAGUUACCGUGUGCACCGGGGAAUGCGAAGCUGCGGGAAUAUCGGGGGUCUCGUUGGCAGAGCGCUACGCCAUGUCGUGGGAGGUGAUUGAUGAUCAAACGAUAUCGAUUUCCUUGAGUGUCCUGGGUAUCGGCGACAGCGGGAUGAUGGGCAUCGGCUUUGGAGGAUUGUCCAUGACGGAUGCCCAGGAUUUCAUUAUCUGUGAGGUCUUCUCAACGGGCGGUGCCGAAUGCAUUGACCGGUCUCCCACUGGAGGGCGAUCGGAGCCGCAGCCGGACACUUUGCAAUCGGGCCUCCAAGUUACCAAUGUAACGACGGACAAGACCUGGACUACCGUGACGUUCUCGAGGGAACGGGCGACGCUGGAUGCAGAAGACUACGACCUCUUUGAGGAUAUCGAAAACGAAGAGGACACCCUCGUCAUCUACGCGUUCAAGAAGGGAGAGGGCGUGGGCCAACAUCCAAACACCAAUCGUGGAGCGGCCACGAUAAACUUCGUCACGGGAGACGUAGACACUCAGUGCGACGGCGAGACCAACUUCGUUUCGUUGCACGGCGCGCUGAUGCUCAUCGCGUGGAUGCUCAUCGCACCGUGGGGCAUCUACUACGCGAGGUACCGCAAGGGCGACGCGAUUAAGUGGGCUGGACGCGAAUGGUACGAGAUGCACGAGGACAUCAUGAUCGUUGCCUCCGAAGCCGUGCUCCCCCUCGGGAUCACCGCUGUAUUUGCUUCCAGGGGCAGGACGUCGGAAGCACACGCGCACUGGGGGUACUACAUGAUCGCCGCGGUCGCAAUGCAGAUCUUCACGGGCUGGAUGAGGACCAAGGGAUUAGAGGCCAAACACUCGAACUUUUCCUUGCUUCACAGGUUCAACAAGCACUUCCACAUCUGGGCCGGACGAUUCGCAUACGCAGCCGGAGUGGUGCAGUGCUACCGAGGGCUGGAGCUCGUGUCCUCGGACGAUGAGCUCAUAUUCUCCGCAGGCGAUGGCCUUGACCUGCAGCUCGGCAGCUUCGGUUGGGUCAAGGACUACCUGUUCCCUGCCUGGUUUGCGCUAGUCGCCGGCGGCUUUCUUGUCUUAGAAGCACAAAAGCAAUACCAGCGAUUCUUCAAGAAAGGGGCGGCUAGCGUGUGUGGAGUUGUGUCUAUUGUCAACGAGCUACACGAUGGCUCAAUGCACAAAGGCAGGCUGAUUCCGAGAACGUUGGACCUGCCUAUCUACAGCGUUGCAGCAUUCAAUGACAAGGUGUUGAGCGGCCAGUCCUGGUUGAUGGUGGAUGAAGCAGUUCUGGAUGUGUCCGACUUUGCGCAGAGGCAUCCAGGCGGUCGACGCCUCAUCCUCAACGCCUUGGGCACCGAUGUUACUCAGGAGCUGAUCGGACAAGAGAACUCUGUGGGGCAUGCCAUGUCCUUCCCGCCUCACGUGCACACCGGGAGUGCAUGGCGAAUCAUUCGUUCGCUUGUAGUCGGCUACAUCGAGGAGAAGGACGCUGCGGAACCUACGGCUGCCUUGGAAGAUGACCAGGAGCAGGAGGGAGAAGAGAAGGUCGAUACCACGACCGGUGAUAUUCCCGUUCCUGACGCAAACAACCGAAGGUUUCGUGUCGCGGGCAAGGCGGUAAUGCUGAACAACCGACUGGCCUUGGGCGACGAUACUCUGGCAACCAAGGCCAUGCGGCUGAACGACUUGGCUGUCAUUCCCGCUCCAACCAGGCGCCCCUCGAGAACGGCAGCGUCGAACAACCCAGCAAGCGUUGUGGGCAACCCGCCCAUAGAAAUGGACGUCGCUCAGCGCGCCGAUGAGAACGACGGCGGAUGGGGAAGCAGCACGGACUUGCUCGAGCGAUUUCAAGUAUGCCCCCUGCUCUUCCGAGAGAGGAUGGGAGCCGCCAGCGCCGUGGGCCGCGGUCACUUACCCAGCAAGCGCCCGGUCUACAGAUACAUUUUUUCUUGUCCCGCUAAGGCGCAAGCCCAGGCGCAGGCGGUUUCAGGGGUCUGCUACUUCAACAUGCGCGCCCAGGAAGAGGGAAAGGGUGUUGUACAGCGGCCGUACAAUGCCUUCGCGGUGAGGUUGCUGGACGUCGAGCCACCCACACCGGGCGGAAGGGUGGCCUGGAGCAAGACUUCUGCGAAGUUGCCUAAGGUUGUGCCGGCAGAGGAGACUACGGAGGGCGUACUGUGCAUCGAGAUGCGUAUCAGGAUGUACCACGACGGGGCCAUGAGCAAGCUACUAGAAAAACUCUCCAAGGAUACGGACAACGUGGCAGUCCAGCUGCAAGGACCAUUCCUCGUCAACAAGCUCGCUCCGCCACCGGCCCACCGCAACGUCAUCAUGAUUGCGGCGGGCACAGGCGUCAACCCAAGGACACCACGUUUUCCACGAGGUCGCGGCUGGUCCUCGUGUGGCAGAGCACGACGGAGGCUGACUUCUACGGUACCGACGAAAUCACGGCCAUGCAGGUCCAACCUCGACAGCAGCAGCUCCGGGAAACCGAAACCUCCACCCUAUUCCACGCUGGCCCGAGACGGUGGAAGGGACGAGCAGCCACCCCCGUACCGCACCCCGGGUCGUGAAGAGAAGAAGCGCUCUGCUGCAGAUGCAGGGGCCAAGAAAGAAAGGGCCCCGACUGGCGUUGGGAAGCUACUGACCACGAGGACGUGGCGCAACUCGAAGUGGAAUGAGAGCCCAACGACAAGCGGUCGCCGUCGCGCACCUAUGCAGGACACCAGCAACUAUCAAGUGGGAGAUGGGCUGGUUCGAGGCAGGGUGAACCGGGAGAUCCUCGAGACGGUCUUCGGCGAAGCCCUGAUUUCAUCAAUCGCGGCGUACAACAGGCAGCGAGCGCUGAACAGCCUUGCUUGUAGCGACAGCGACGUCGGGGACAACAAAGAAGGGGAAGGCGAGGAUGAUCGCGACCUCAUAGGCACCGACCAAACUGCCGGGAAGCUUCAGGUGGUCGUUUCUGGACCUACCGCCUUUGUGGCCAACGUGAAGCAGCUCCUUACCGAAAUGGGGGUCCCUGCCGGCUCCACAGUCUUGCUUGACUGA